UGCAACUGCAAUUGCUUCCUCCGGAGGCCCAGUGAUCAUGCUUUCAAGCUUUCUGUGUCUGUUCCUUAUUCUCAUAGCUCUGAUCUUGAUCAAGAUCUUUCUCACACAAUGGUGGACUCCAACUCGCUUGCAGAAGUUGAUGGCUCGGCAGGGAAUCAAAGGCCCUUGUUACAGACUCGUCCAUGGAAACACCAAAGAAAUCUUGAACAUGAAAAAUGAAGCCAUCAGCAGGCCCAAAAGUUUAACACAUGACCUAUUUCCUCUGGUUCAACCCCAUUAUCAGUCAUGGGUCAAGAAAUAUGGGAAGGUUUUUCUUCAGUGGCAUGGUACUGAACCUCAGUUGGUGAUCUUUGAGCCUGAGUUUUGCAAAGAGAUACUGAAUAACAAGGACAGAGUUUAUAUGCAAAAGGAUCGCCAAGGCUUUGAGAAGAACCUAGUAGGAAAUGGCCUUGGGGCUGCUGAGGGGGAGCAUUGGUCAAAAUUGCGAAAAAUAGCCAACCUUGCCUUUCAUGGAGAGAGCUUAAAAAAUAUGAUUCCAGAUAUGAUAGCCAGUGCUGAGAAGAUGCUGCAAAGGUGGAAAAAUCACGAGGGGAAAGAGAUUGAGGUGUAUCAAGAAUUUAGGUUGUUGACUUCAGAUGUGAUUUCCAGAGUCAGGCUUCCUGGCAUCAGCAAGUUUUUUUAAAUCUCCUGAUGAACUCGAAUCACAGAAGCUUGAGAAAGGAAUACGCAACUGUAUCAAUGAAAUCGUCAACAAACGUGAACAGAAGGCAAUGAGUGGAAAGGAAGACAGCUGGAGUGACUUUCUUGGAUUACUUUUAAAAGCUCAUCGUGAUUCCAAUAAAAACCAGAGGAUUUCAGUGGAUGAUUUAGUUGAUGAGUGCAAGACAUUUUACUUUGCUGGACAAGAGACCACUAAUACUCUGCUCGGGUGGACCGUGUUUCUUCUGGCACACCAUACGGAUUGGCAAGAGGAAGCAAGGAAGGAGGUCCUGCAAUUAUUUGGCAAAGAAACACCAAAUCCUGAUGGCAUUGCCGAACUAAAAACAGUCUGAAAUUCAAGAACUCAAUGAAUUGUUUAUGAAAGGAGUACUAGUGCUCGGUUUAAGUUACAUGUAUAUCCUGAUGUGUUCUCUAUUCUUCAUUUCAAUACAGAUGAGUAUGAUCCUCAAUGAGUGUCUAAGGUUAUAUCCUCCAAUCAUAUCCCUUGUAAGAAAGGUUGAGAAAGAGGUUAGACUGGGAAAGCUCAUAAUUCCUGCUAAUGUUGAAUUGCACAUACCAAGUCUAGCACUGCACCAUGAACCAGAGUUUUGGGGACAAGAAGUGGAACUAUUCAAACCAGAGAGAUUUGCUGAAGGGGUUGUUAAAGCUACUAACAACAACAUAGGCACAUUCUUACCCUUUGGAACAGGACCUCGGAAUUGUGUAGGCUUCGACUAUACGACCACUGAAGCAAAGAUUGCUCUGUCAAUGAUUCUACAAUGCUACACCUUCACAUUCUCCCAGGGUUAUGUUCACUCGCCCUUCCAUUAUGUCACACUUCGCCCACAACAUGGAGUUCAAGUGACAGUAAUACUACACUCAUUGUGAACAGUGAAGAUCCGAAUUUCUGGAGUUUGGUGUGAAGAUUAUUCCCAUAAAUUACAGGGUCUCUUCUGAAGAACAAUUCUUAGGUUCACUCCUAGGGUGAACGGACAUAUUCACUCCCAUUGUCAAUUAACAUACGUUUACUUAAUAAAUUUAUAAUCUAACGGUUCAUAUCUUAAAAAA